UGUGACGUCAGGUGUGCGUGCUGUGUGUGCUGUUACAUCACUUAGCCGGUGUCGCUCCUCAGUUUACUUCCUUCAGACGUGAAUCCCAAGCUCACAACUAACCCGACUCCAUAAUUUAGUGAAAGGUGAAUCAGAUACCGACCCGGUCCACGAACAGUCAAGAUGUCUUCUUAUGAUGAGAAUGAGUCUAAGUUCUGGCGUAAGGCAAAGGAGAACCCAUUUGUCCCUGUGGGGAUGGCUGGAUUCUUUGCCAUUGUCGGGUACAGACUACUGAAAUUGAAAGAUCGUGGAGAUACAAAAAUGUCCGUGCACCUGAUCCACAUGCGUGUAGCUGCCCAAGGCUUUGUGGUUGGAGCUAUGACCAUAGGCGUCCUGUAUUCAAUGUAUAAAGAAUACAUUGUAAAACCCAGAGAACAACAGAAUGCAGUGAAAAACAAGUGAACAUAGUUUCUUACACUUAUUUUAUAUCCCUUAAUAUUACCUCAUAUUAAGGUGUGUGUAGAACAUUUACUUUUACAGAUGUGUCAUAAUUUUUGUAUGUGCACAUCCCUUCAGCAACUCACCUCUACUGUAAAUAGUUCUAACUUAUGAUUACACCACCAAACCCACUCAGCUGGUUUUAUAUGAUUUUGGGCACUUGACUUUUUUCUUUUCUUUUUUCUUUUUUUUUUUUUUCAAUGUUUUUCUUUGUAUGUUGAGAUGUGAAACAUGUAAAAACUAUGAAACUGCAAACCCUUUAGAAGGAGUUUCACUAGGUUAAGUAUUCAGCAGCUUCAAAACAGACAAUUAGUGUGUAAUUGUCUCAUACCAUGUGUUAUAUUUUAUUAACUAAUUCACAGAUCUUUGCCAAAUCAAAAGAUGUAUGCACCUUAGGCCAUUAUUAAACGGAUAUCAGAGGGACCGUUUUGACAUAAUCCCACAUUUAUUUAAGUAUAAAUUUUGACUCAUUACAGCAUCAGAUUAUUUCUAAAAUCUGAAUUAGAAAAUUUUUAUGACUAUCCUUAUAAACAGGGGUCCAUUUUUUUUUUUUCAUUUCAACCGCUUCACAAGAGACUUUUGAGCUAUGCCUACAAGCUGUAGGCGCAAAGUUUAUGAAUAACAUUUUAAGUAAUCUACUUUGUAAGAUCUCUACUUUAUAAAAACAUGCCUUGUUAAGUUAUUGACCCAAUUAAAUUUUGAAUGCUGUGUGCAAAUGUGGAGAAUGUUAUUGAAAUUGUGUGGCUUUUCCUCUGGAAAUAAAGAUAUCCAGGCAAGUAAA